CUGUGGGAGUUGUGUGGGACUUGGGAGUGUAGGGAGAAGAUUCAAAAAAGUUUUGCUUUAAUUUUCUGGUGUCCAAUUAUUCAAAUAAAUAUCAUUCUACAACAUUGGCAUAUUGAAUAUUUAUAUCCGUAAAAUCGCAAGUAUAAUUGGACAAUUUCACAUUUCAUUGCAUCGUUUUAAAUUGUACACUGUUAUUGUAUUGAAUAACAUUAAAAAAUAAACAUGGCAACCGGCGAAAUUCAAUCACAGGAAUAUCAACAAAGAAGAUGGCUUAAUAUUAGAAAAGUUUUGGAAAGGUCUGGGCCAUUUUGCCAUCCAGACUUUGAACCAUCUGCUGAAAUACUUGACUUUUUGAUGAAUUCUUGUAAAAUUUUAAUAGUGGGGGCUGGAGGUCUAGGUUGUGAAUUACUUAAAGAUUUAGCAUUGAUGGGCUUCAAAAAGAUUCAUAUAAUUGAUAUGGAUACCAUAGAAUUGUCUAAUCUCAAUAGACAGUUCUUGUUCAGGAAAACGGAUAUUGGUUUGUCAAAAGCAAAAUGUGCUGUAGAAUUUGUGAAUAAAAGGAUACCAGGUUGUGAGGCUAUUGCUCACCACUGUGCUAUACAAGAUAUGGAUGAUGGUUUUUAUAGACAAUUUCAUAUUGUAGUCUGUGGUCUUGACUCAAUUAUUGCAAGGAGAUGGUUAAAUGGAAUGCUAAUGUCUCUAUUACAAUAUAAUGAUGACAGGAGCUUAGACCAAUCUAGUGUAAUACCAUUGGUUGAUGGUGGAACCGAGGGAUUUAAAGGAAAUGCAAGAGUUAUUCUUCCAGGAAUGAGUGCAUGUAUUGAAUGCACACUUGACUUCUAUCCACCACAAAAAACAUUUCCUUUAUGUACCAUUGCAAAUACACCAAGAUUGCCGGAACAUUGUGUUGAAUAUGUGAAAGUAAUUCAAUGGGCUAAGGAGAAUCCUUGGGGAGAAUCAACAGUUCUCGAUGGAGACAAUCCUCAGCAUGUGGCUUGGGUGUACGAAAAGGCACAAGAGAGGGCUAUGAAGCACGGAAUAGCAAAUGUUACAUACAGACUUACUCAGGGUGUUUUGAAGAACAUAAUUCCGGCAGUUGCAAGCACAAAUGCAGCCAUUGCCGCAGCAUGUGCUACGGAGGUCUUCAAACUAGCUUCUUCAUGUUGUGCAAAUAUGAAUAACUACAUGGUGUUCAACAUGGCCGAGGGUGUGUACACAUACACAUUCAACGCUGAGAAACGUCCGGAUUGUGUCGCUUGCAGUAAUACGACACGUGUGAUGGAAAUUGAAGCGAACGCCACACUGCAAACUAUAUAUGAUAAAUUAUGUGAUGAUGUUGCAUUCGCUAUGAAGAGACCUGGUAUAACUACUGUCAUAAAUGGUCGUAAUAAAACACUAUAUAUUUCGUCGAUAAAAAGCAUUGAAGAGAAGACGAGAGAUAAUUUGAAGAAGAGAAUAACUGAGAUAGGCUUAUACAAUGGCGCUGAAAUUUUAGUAGCAGACGUGACAACUCCAAGCACUGUUACCAUUAAAUUGAAAUUUUCCGAAAAUUAUGAUGUUGAUAUGUCUCGGUAGAUUUAUAUAUUAAUAUCAUAAUGAAAGAUGAUAUAAUAAAAUGUAAAGCAAUCAGGGAAACUAAAAACAGAAUUCCAACACACACUGUAAUAAGUACAGACAGGGGCGUGCAUUGGUUUUCCAGCGCGGUAGGCACUGGAAGCCUAACCUAGCCGUAGUUGCGCUUAACAUUUAAAAAUUAAGUUCCUCUUAUAAAGAUAAAUAUAAGUUCACUUAAGCGCAGGUCCGGCCUCACAUGGAGUAUUGCUGUCAUCUCUGGUCUGGCGCACCCCAGUAUCAGCUCGAUCCAUUUGAGCGCGUGCAACGCAGAGCAGCUCGAAUUGUCGGGGACCUAGCGCUCUGUGAACGGCUGGAUCACUUGGCGUUGCGUAGAGACGUCGAGAGUCGAGAUUUAUCACGGGGAGUGUUCCGAAGAGCUGUUCAACCUGAUUCCUGCCGCCGAAUUUCACCUUCUCACGACACGCCACAUGUUACGAUAUCAUCCUCACCAUCUGGAUGUGUGGCGGUCCUCCACAGUGAGGUUUUCAAGGAGCUUUCUUCCUCGUACUACGAAGCUGUGGAAUGAGCUUCCUUGUGCGGUGUUUCCGGGACGAUACGACAUGGGUACCUUCAAGAAAAGCGCGUACACCUUCCUUAAAGGCCGGCAACGUUCUUGUGAUUCCUCUGGUGUUGCAAGAGUGUCGGCGGCGGUGAUCACUUAACACCAGGUGACCCGUACGCUCGUUUGGCCUCCUAUUCCAUAAAUAAAAAAAACUAACAUUUUUCUGCCGUUUUAUUCAGGUUGUAAGUAAUGUUUUGUGAAUUUGCUUGUUGCUUCCUAGUUAUAAGAUAAAAUAUCCAUUGGCACCUGAAGGCGAACGACUAUUUCGCCACUGACUCAUAAAGAGUCACAUAGACAUAUCAUUUGAGCGAUAGCCGCAGUGGCAUUUAGAAUAGCCGUUGUUACUUGUUUCAUUUUACUUCACAUCACUCACGAAUACCGGGUAUUAUUUACGAAUAAUAACACAAAUUUAAUGCAAAAGGAUACGUACCUAAUUUCUGUAAACAAACCGUAUUUUCGCCACAAUCGCGACACUGUAAUUUCUCCAUCAUAUUUAUAUUCCUUACACUAGUUACCUAUUUUAAACACAAAACCUAACUAUUAAGGAAUUAAAAUAUAAUGGAGGAAUUCCAGUGUCGGGAUUGUGGGUAACAUACGAUUUGUUUACAUAAAUUAGGUAUGUAUCCUUUUGCACAAUUUUCGUUCGUAGAUAAAAUAAAAAUUGUUUCUCUUUAUAGACCAAUGCAAAAAUAUUAGUUUAACUCAACAAAAAGGUAAAAUUAUGAGAUAUUUCAAUACCAAGUAUUACGAAAAAUACACUUGGCUAGCUGGAUGCCGCCAUUCCAAUUUCUUCCCCUGCUGUUUAUUUUCUACAACGAAAACUGUGCGGAAUAAUACUGGUUACGGUGACUUGCAUAAUUUGACAAAUCUUGCUAAAAACACGAUCAAUCUGACAGAACGGCAGAAAAAUGUUGGUAAGUGAACUUAUAUUUAUCCUUUUAACAGGAACUAUUUUUUUUUAAUAUUAAUCGCAAAAACGACUAGUUGGACUUCAAGUGCCUACCUGCUCACACUUGACACCGCUACACUAGCGUCACCUCUCAGACACCCGCUGCUCAAUUCACGUGAUUAGUUACAAAAAUAAAAAAAAAUAUGAGAUGUAUUCAGAUUUUCUUUCAGCAAUGACUUUAAAACAACUAUGAAUUUUUGGAUUUCAGAUACCUUAGAUAUUUGCUUACUUAUUAAAAUAUAUAUUUGAAAAAAGCGUUUCCGCUAAUAAGUGUUUUGCCUCAAAUAUCAAAUUAUUAUUAUUACUUACAA